AUGGCUGGAUCUGCUGGCCAGGAGGAGCCCUCUAGACGCUCAGGGAGAGAACGAAAUAAGUCUCGAGUGCUCCAUGAAAAUGAAGAGACUGAGAAUCAACUCAAAAAGAAGAGCGCACAGAGGAAGGAGAAAGAGAAACAGGUCAACAAGAAAUCCAGGCCAAAAUCCAACACCACAAAUACCAACAACAAUGCCACCAAGAGAUCGGCUACUACUAGUGGUUCUCAAGCGGCUAAGAAACGUCGAGCUUCUUCUGUUCCUGCAAAAUCUACAACCCGCCCCAGCAAAUCUGGCCGAAAAUCCGCCCCACAAAGUCAGCCAAUACGGGAUGUUUUAGACGUCUCAUCUGAAGAUUCUGAAGAAGCUUCCUCCAUAGGAACUCAGGCCCCGAUCGCCCAUGUCAAACGCAAAUCCACUGUGUCUCCUGGCAGCUCUUCUUCUAGUGACGACUCAGACCAGACAUCGGCACAGCCCUGUGCCCACAAACCUAUUGCGUCCAAGCGGAAAAAGGACAGCAAGAACAAGGAGGAAGAGAAGGACGAUACAAUCAUUCAAAAUUGUUCUGUCUUUUCUUCUGAUUUGCUUGCUGUUGAAAAUUCACAACUAUACAUUCAGUACUCUCUGUUCAAGGGAACUGGAAAGCCUGCAUUCAAAGCUAACAACAUCGUAUUGGUCAACCAACAACAAUCUGGUAACAGUUCACGGUCAACUGAAUUCUCUUUCGAUUUCAAAUAUGGUGACUUGGUAUCCAUGACACCGAACCAGUUCCAAACAACAGUUCUAGAGACCAUUCGACAGGACAUCGCCAACAAUUCUGCAUAUGAGCUUGCCGACACCAGCCAAGGUGGCAUGGUCUGGUACCGAAGCAAAGGCCAAUCCUCUGACUAUUUAGAUUUAAACCGUGGCUAUCCUCAUCCCCUCCAAGAUAAGGUUCCCAUCCCAAUCAACAACAGUCACAAUUGGAAGGAAGCAGUCAAACAAGCUGCUUUUGUCAAAGCUUCCGAAGAGGAUUCGGACGAGCCCGAGCCCGAAUCCAUGCACCUAAACCUUUUGUGUACAGUCAAAAAACAGCCAAUCUCCAAAAAGCAGCCUUCGUCAAAACAAAACUACCGCCAAAGCUCUGCCAGCAAUCAUUCUGACGAUGAGAAUGAGGAUGAUGUGACAGGGCAAGAGCUGGAGGAGGAAAUCGAGGAAAUCGAUCUGAAGAAUCAUCUGCCUUUUGGAUACGAUGUAUCCUUGAAGGUACACAUCUUACCACCCACAAAAAAGAAUAUUGAAGGAAAUGGCUAUGCCAUUGACUGCAGCAGAGUGCCACAACAAUACAAGCAGAACCAAGUACUCGAAAUUGCACCUCCUUACACUGAGUCCGUUUUGAAGGAGCUUGUUCAAAAGGGAGAUCAUUUGGAUUUUGACAAUAUUUCCGACGAUGCAGACGCCGAGGACAAACCAACAAACUGCCUGCCUGGGGUUCGCUUGCGAGUUGGAGUGCUUACUCACGCAGUGAAGACACGGUGCCAAAGUCUGGCAGAAGUUCUUAUGGGAGAUGAUUCAGAAACGGUACACUAUUUGCAACAAGGAGGCUAA